GUCUCAGCUCGUUCCUUUCACUCGACCUCAGCCCCGAUCUCAAUCUCAGACUCUACCGUCAUAAUUGCUGACUGUACUUACGGACCUGCGAACUGAUCCUUUCAAGUGCGCUGACACUCCCCAUGUACCCUGAGACUUGGCGUCCCACUGGAGGGACAUGGGGUCCAUCUCUCCUUUGCUCUGCAAGGACAUCUGGGCCUCGUGGUUCCCACGCUUGACAUGGUGGCCUUCGUUUCAGGGAGUCUGAUUAGAAAGCAAGAGCUACGGUCGGUCCCAUAAGUGCAUUCGAGUAUAAGAGUAUAAGAGUAGUGAUAUGGUCCUAGAUCUGACUCGACGAGACAAGGUAGCCACUCAUUGCAUUCGCCCAAAGUCAAGGCAAGCUAUUCCAACCGGACCACCAGCGUACCAUCAUCACAUCGGUCCCCAGCUUCGUCUUAUCACCAGCUCCUCAACCAGCAAUGUCAGAGCCCGCAGACGCCACUGCCACCUCGGUCGAAUCUAGCUCAGCUGCAGCGCCCAGCGCGAGCGUCGGUAGCUCAGCUGAGGGUGUUCAAAAGCUUCGAUUGGACACUGAGACACGAGGCCAUACUGCAGCCGAGAGGUCAGAUCUCUGCUCACCCUCGCCAUCGGCUUCGGCUUCGGCUUCAGAGAGCGAUGACAAUGAUGACAUCUCUAAAUCUGUGUCGAGAUUGGAGCGGGAGCUGGACGCUCUGAGGACCCCAUCCGGUCAAAAAUCAUUGUCAGAUAGGUUGAGAUUCGAUGAUCUGCCUCCCAUAUCGACUAGCCCGCCACCUUCAGAAGCCGAUACGGAGGACUCUCAAGCGCCUGAACCGGCCUCGAUGACCGAGAACGAAGAGCUUUCUCCUUCUCGCUCUCACAACUCUGAUAGGGAAUGGCUCCAGAACAAGGUGGACAAAGAAGAGGCUGAAGGCAGUACCGGUCUCGGACCCUUCAUAUUUGUCCAGGGUGGUGAGAACAAGCGAAAUACUCUGCUCGUCCCUGCGACGCAGAAAGCGCGUCGCAAGGGGGUAGACGCGGAAGAGGGACAAGCCAAGGAAGUGGCGUCCACCGAUGCCUCACUUGUCGAAGACGGCGAACCAUCUGGAUCUCGCUCGAAACUCCCGGCGAGGACAUUUGAGCAUCCGCCGGACUGGUAGUGUCACUCACAAGGUCGUGGAAAGAGCUCCACAGGUUCUGUUCUGAAUCUGAAGAUCUAGGUUCAUAGUACCCACUGCACUGGUUCGCACUGCUCAUAUGCAUGUGUCGUCGCUUGAUCAGACUCCUAUGCGGUAUGCAGUGAACACUGGCGUAUUCGUCGACGACGCGCAAUAGUCCACCUGAUAUCAGCAGUCCAACAGUACCUCGAGGAGCUGAUUUUCGCAUCCCUUAUGCGCCAGGGGUGCCAAGGAGGUCGUGCAGCGUCUUGACGUGACGGCACAAAUCGACGUCCUUUCAUCCCUUGGUGCUGUUUGAGCCCUCUUUUGACCCAUCGUCAGGGUCACAUGCGGUAUAACGAAAGCAAGAGGUGGUGCCCUCCGUCGUCGCGACAGUGUCUCCCCACGAGAUCAAUCGCCUAGCUUAAUGCAUGUGUCGAUCGUGAAUCAUCGAGG